UGUGUCAGCCGCUCACCUGUAUCCAGAGAGCGACAGGUGCGCUUGGGGCUGGAAGGAGCAGCAGUAAGUGGUCAGCAGCACCAGCAGGUAGACCGUGAUGGCAAAUUUCAAAGGUCAUGCUCUCCCAGGCAGCUUCUUCCUGCUCUUUGGCCUAUGGUGGUCUGUGAAAUACCCCAUGAGAUACUUCAACGAGAAGGUGAAUAAAAAGUCCCGUAGAAACCACUGUUACCAACACUUGGAUGUCAUUGAAGGAGCAGCCAAAAUCAUCUUUGCCCUGAUAGGGAUGCUGGCUGAGCAGUUUGUACCCGAUGGCCCCCACUUGUAUCUCUACAGUGGUGAGGAACGCAGCUGGGUGAAGUUGAUGAACUGGCAGCACACGACCAUGUACCUGUUCUAUGGACUCUCAGGUGUGGUGGAUAUGCUCACUUACUCCUCGCUCAAGUUGCCCCUGGGAUUGGAUCGCCUCAUGCUGUCUGUGGCUGUGUUUGUUGAAGGUUUUCUCUUUUAUUAUCACGUCCUUCACCGCCCCAUGCUAGAUAUGCACAUCCACUCCCUGCUGCUCAUCGCCGUGUUUGGUGGAGCCUUCAGCAUCCUACUGGAAGUCUUCUUCCGUGAUAACAUUGUCUUGGAGCUCUUCAGGGCUAGCCUUACCAUUCUGCAGGGAACCUGGUUCUGGCAGAUUGGGUUUGUGCUGUUCCCACCUCGGGGAGGCCCAGCCUGGGAUGAGAAUGACCAUGACAACAUCAUGUUUGUCACCAUGUGCUUCUUCUGGCACUACGCGGCUGCUCUUCUCAUCAUGAUUGCCAACUACGCUCUUGCUUACUGCUGCAUCCAAAAAUGUAAGAGAGACACUGGAGAAAUAGAUAUUGGACUUGGGGUUCGGAAGCAGAAAAGUGACACAAGCUCCCAUGUUUCCCUCUUAAAUGGAUCAGAUGAGGAAUGAUGACAGUUCACCUUGGUUGAUAUCUCUUAUUUCCUAAAGAUUAUGAAAAUCAAUUUUUUUUAAUCCGAGUAAUAUUUAUAUUGGAAUAUCAAGAAGGAAGAUUCUGCAAUUUUACUACUGAACAGUAUGGACAGACUCAGGAUGUGAUUUCUGCUCGCCUUUGGCAAAUUCCCUGAAGCCCUUUGGAUCUGAAAUGGGUGCAUAAUGUCCUACUUCUGAGCAAUUUUAUUUAAGGGCAAAAUCAAAUGCAGAAAUUCAAAUGUCAGGACAGUUUGGCUUAUGGGAUCUCAGAUCUAUGUUGUUUCCAUAGUGAUGGACCAGAGCCUGCCAGUCAUAUUUUCUGAAUGAAUUGAGGGCUGACCUGUGAUAGUCAAAGUUGGGAAAAACCUGCAGACUGGGCUUCAAUAACUCUAGUGAUACUUUGUGGAGCGAAGGAUUCGGAAGGGUCACCCCAAGCAGGAAGAGCACAGGCCAAUGCCAAAGAAUGUGCAGUGUCAUUGUUCAAUUAUAUGCUACUGAAAUUUUGUACUACGUCUAUCAACUUAAGUCUUUUUAUACUUUUGAGGCAAGCCUUAC